ACCACCCUCCUAUUUAUAGACCCCACCAUUCACCCCCUCUCCAUUCUCUCCUCAUCACCACCGACAGCCCUUGUUCCUUUCUCGCCACCCCCACCACCUUCUCUUCUUUCAUUCACAACUCUUUCUCCAACUCCACAAUGGGCUUCCCUUCUGUCUGCUAUUGUGUCAUCCUUCCGAAGCCUCUGAUCCUUCUAGUCCAACUCCUCGACUGCCUGAAGUUCGCCGUGUCGGCGAUCCUCUUCUGUCUUGGAUUCGCCUCGUCUCCUGAAGAUUAUGUCUAUCCUCUCUCGGCGACCGAUUUCUCGGUCCCUUCGUCUCCUCCGAUCACCCCUUCGGAGAUCAAAAGUAGGAUUCCGGUCGUGAGGUUCUCGAGCUUUCGCAAGAGUUCAGCCCAAGGAGAGGAGUCCACCUGUGCUGUUUGCUUGGGAGCAUUGGAGGCAAUGCAAGAGGUUAGGGAGCUUGGCAACUGCUUUCAUGUGUUCCACAAGGGGUGUAUAGAUAAGUGGGUGGACAUGGGUCGGGUCACCUGCCCGUUGUGUAGAGCCCAGUUGUUGCCCAAGGGAAGGGAAGAGAAAGGGAUGGCUGUUGGGUUGAUGUAAAGCUUUUGAGAUGAUUAUGAGACGUGUUCAUCAGGAAAUUGUCAAUUAGUAUGUGAGUGGCCUCAUCGAGAGUGGUCCUGUAGGGUAUUUGUUACACUGGAUCCUCCAAUAUGGGAUCACAUUUAGAUUUUUGUAAUCUUCUCCCCUCUUCUUUCGAAAACUGAAUCAUGUGUACAGUUGAUAGUGGAGUACCUUCCAUGACUUUGAUGUUAGGGACUGGUUUUUUGUUCAUUCCUAUGGAGGCCUAGGCAGUGUUGUAUGAUUGCUUCCACUUCCAAAGUAAAAUAAAUAAAUGCUGGUGCCCUUGGCUUCAGAAUUCA